CCUGCGCUCUCCGCUCCGCUCGGUUCCGCUCCUCUCCUCUCCGCUCCGCUCCGGCUCCGCUCGCUCCCCGCGCCGGGGCCGCCGGCCCGGCAUGAAGGUUCUCCGGCACAAGAUCGAGCUGCUCACAGGGCUGCUGCUGCAGGAGAUGACCAUGGCGGGGCUGCAUGAGCUGCGCUUCACUGAGGAGAAGCCGCUGCUGCGUGGCCAGGAUGCUGAGCUGGAGAACUCAGACGUGUUCCUCUCUGCUGCAGACACAGACUGGAAGGAACACGACAUUGAGACGCCCUAUGGGCUGCUGCACGUGGUCAUCCGGGGCUCACCCAAAGGGAACCGCCCUGCCAUCCUGACGUACCACGACGUGGGCCUCAACCACAAGCUUUGUUUCAAUGCAUUCUUCAACUUUGAAGACAUGCAGGAGAUCACUCAGCACUUUGCAGUGUGCCACGUGGAUGCACCAGGCCAGCAGGCAGGAGCCUCGCAGUUCCCACAGGGGUACCAGUACCCAUCCAUGGACCAGCUGGCUGCCAUGUUACCCAGCGUGGUGCAGCACUUUGGGUUCAAGUAUGUGAUUGGGAUCGGUGUUGGGGCAGGAGCCUACGUGCUGGCCAAGUUUGCGCUCAUCUUCCCCGACCUGGUUGAAGGGCUGGUCCUCAUGAACAUUGACCCCAACGGCAAAGGCUGGAUUGACUGGGCAGCUGCCAAGCUCUCAGGCCUCACCAGCACACUGCCAGACACUGUCCUGUCCCACUUGUUCAGCCAGGAGGAGCUGGUGAACAACACGGAGCUGGUGCAGAGUUACAGGCAGCAGAUUGGCAGCGUGGUGAACCAGUUCAACCUCCAGCUCUUCCUCAACAUGUACAACAGCCGCAGGGAUCUCGACAUCAACCGGCCCGGCACUGUGCCCAACGCCAAGACACUGCGCUGCCCUGUGAUGUUGGUGGUGGGAGACAACGCUCCCGCUGAAGAGGGUGUGGUGGAGUGUAAUUCCAAGCUGGAUCCCACAAACACCACUUUUCUGAAGAUGGCAGAUUCUGGUGGGCUGCCCCAGGUGACACAGCCCGGCAAGCUGACCGAAGCCUUCAAGUACUUCCUGCAAGGCAUGGGCUACAUCGCCCACCUGAAGGAUCGGAGGCUGAGUGGAGGUGCAGUGCCGUCCGCCAGCAUGACCCGCCUGGCACGCUCCCGUACAGCCUCGCUCACCAGCGCCAGUUCGGUGGAAGGUGCCCGACCACGUGCCUGUACCCACUCGGAGAGCAGCGAGGCCAUGGGGCAGAUCAACCACACCAUGGAGGUAUCGUGCUGAGGCCCACGGCUGCCACCACCGUUUCCUCCAGAGCCAUUUCCCAUCCGUCAGCAUCCCGCCAGCACCCACCCGCCCCGCGGACGACCUCUGCCAGUGCUCUCGCUCCCCUGGGGUUGAUUAAUUUUCUUUGCUGUUGGCCACCCUCCCUCGCUGGGCACCGGAGGAGCUCCUCCUCGUCACCUCCAGGCUCAGAGUCCCAGCUCAGCCCAGUGAUCACACGUGGCUCUGCCUCAGUCCUCGCCACCCCCAGCACUGCCUUGGCCCUGGCGUGGGAGGGAGGACGGCGUGGGAACAUGGCCGGGAUGGGUGAGCAGGGAUGGGGUGGUGGGACGGAGCAGAACAGUGGGACGUGGGUGAGACGGCAGGACACGGGCAGGACAGCAGGAUGCAGAGAGGUAGGUUGGUUUCUGGAGGGUGGCUGAGUCAGAAAGAAGCCAGGGCUGGGGUGCUGUGUGUGGUCAUUUUGGGGAGAGGGCAGUGCCCACGCUGGGGCUGCAGCUGCCAUUCUUCUCCCCAGUUGCCAUUCCCCGGGCAUUGCGUGGGAUCCCUGGCACAGGCAGGACCUGCAGCCCAGGUGCACGCUGGGCAUCACGAGCAAUUGCAUCCUGCCUGUGCCCCUCCCUGCCAUGCACCUCGGGAGCUGCCCAGGGCAGGGGUGGAGGUCUCAGCCUGAGCCGUCAGGGCAGAAGGGGGUGGUGGGCAUCCCCCCAGCCCACAUCCCAUGCACAGUGCUGCCUUGGCCCCGUUUUUCUUGCAAAAAGGACAACUGCUGCCAAAAAUGGGGGGGGGGGGGGGGGGGGUUCUGUCUGCCCCUUGCCUCACCUGGUCCCUGGAGGCUGCUGGUUCUGGGGACACCGUGAGGAUCCACCCCUCAGCCUGUGGCUGUCACUGCAGCAGAGCCAUUAGCAAUAAGAUGAGACCACCCCACUCCGGGAAGCCCCCUGCACCCCCCGCCCCUCGGGGCACCCCCACCUCAGCGUGUCAGUUCUACAAAGUGACCCCAUGGCACACGGGGAACAUUCCACACCUGGCUUUGUCCAUGGGAGAUGGUUCCCCCAUGUCUCACUUCUGCAGCGAGCCGGCCAUCAAGGGCUUGGCACUAAGCAGGCUGCAGGGCCCCAUCCAGUUCCAAGUGGCACAGACAGCUGAGCCCUGCCAUCAGCCACCCAACCCAGCUCCUCCGUGCCUGGGCCAAAGGAGAGCCCAGCUCUGGUGAUGGGUGCUCGGGGCCUCCUGGUGGCCCUGGGGCAGCUGCAGAGCCCCUUUGAGGAUCCAUCUGGGCUGGAGCAGGUCCCGUGCAGCCCCCUUGAAGCACUUUCCCCACAGGCCCUCGCCCCCAUCAAGGGGCCACAGGGCUCCCAGCGGGUGCUCGAGGGCUCCUGGCCCCAAGGCCGGUGCCUCGGUCCGUGCCCCAUAACACAGACAGCACCAGUGUCCCUGUUUCCCCCUUUCAUUCUGCCGUGUGCUUCCUCUCAGUGUGACUCUAAAUGCUAAGCAGACCUUUUUUUUUCUGUAGAUACCACUGCGAUCACCCAUUUUCUCAGCGUGUCCUUCCAGAUGAUAUAUAUAUAAAUACCUAUACAUAUUAUAGAUAUGGGGUUGUCCGGUCCCUGACCUUUGGGUUUGCUCCCCUUGUUUUCUCGUACAAGUGGUGCCGUGUGGUUCCAUUUGAGGUGGUCUGGCUGUGCUUUGCCUUUGGUUUCCCACCUGGGUUGUGUUGGUUCGUUCUGUUCCCUCUGUGGUUUGUUCUUUUGAUCUCAUUGGUUCUCCUCUUUUCCUGGUCACAUCAGAAUUGAAUGCGUUUUCCUCCCUUUCCCUGUCUGAGCGCAACCUGGUUUUCUCACAGUGGUGUUGAGGCUGCGGUUCUCACACAGGACGGCAAUAUGUAAACCAGAUUUAACUAACCUGUCGCUGUAGAGAGGAUUUACUGUAUUGGAAAAAACAAACAAACACAAACAACUAUUAAUAAAGAUGAUAAGAAUCUGC